UCUGUAUUUAUAUCUUGCCCUGUAAUUUCCUUGAUUAGAUUUGUUAAAUAUCUAAUUAUACUUUCCCUCAAUUUUGCUAUGAUUGUCACUAUUUGCCUUUUGGGAUGUUUAAUAUAAUUGUAUUAAUUACUAAAACUAUCUCGAGAAAAACUUAUCUGUAUUGCUUUUUUCGACUUCCUUCAUAUACAUGGAAAUUCAAUCAUGAGUCAUGACAACCAUAGUGAUAUGGAGAGAGGAGUAUAUACUUACAGGAACAAGGAAAGGGGAUUUUUCUUUUAUCCUAGUUAUUGUCUUAUGAAUGUUUGCUCUUUAAUUUCGAGCUCUUUCAUUAUAUGUAUGCAUCUUAAAAGGUCUUUUCCACAAAGAAGAAUGAUAUAAAUGUACAUGAUGUGUGUUAUGUACAUCUUUUUACUGGAUGUGAGUCUGUAACGAUUUCAAACUGACAUUUUGACUAUAGAGUUCAGAAAACUUCAGUUGCUUUGAAUAUUAAAAAUGAAGAAUUUUCGAGCUCUGUGAUUCCUAUAAGAUAAUAGCUGUGAAGCCUUCCUCUUGCAUGAUAUUCUAGUUGCUUAUUUUUUUGGUAAAAGAUAGAUGAUUGCAGUCGUAGCAGUUUCAUCACUUUAAUUGGUAUAUCAUUAUCUUAUCCUAGGAAAGGAUAAAACACAAUUGAUUGCUUUGCAUCAGAUAAUAUAAUUUGAUGAUUGAUAUGCUGUGUAGAUGUAUAGGUGUAGCAUAAAUCGUUUUCCUAUGGUAAGUCUCAUAUUAUUGGGUUAAAAUUGCUGAUACUAGUAAAUUUGCUUUCCAUUUAGUGAUACAGAAUUUUUUCUCUUCCCAACUUUUUUUUUUCUUUUUUUUGGACACAUAUUUUUUCUAUAUUUUUCAUUUUUGUUUCUCCCUAUCCAGUAUUAUGAUAUUGUGAUGGUGAUAUGAAUAUACCAUUCUUGUUUAAUCCUUUUCACUUUAGCUCAGCAUUUCCACCAGGUGGAUACAAUGUGACACUUCAGCUCAGCCUCACUCAUUCUAGGGAGAAAGCUGGCUUGAAUUUGUUUUUAGUGCCUCUGAGUUGUGAAAUUUUUAGGAAAGUGGUCUAUCUUGACUUGUCCAUUGUCUGCAAUGAAUUUAUCCUUCAUAUGGUUUAUAAACUGUGAAAAAAUUUCUCCCAGUUAUGGAAAACAUUUUACUUUGUACGAAAGAAUGCCAUAUUUUCCUCUUUAUUUUUUACCUUGCGCUUUCUCUUUUUUCAUCCCUCGUCUCCCCACUAGGCUUCCACAUCUAUUUUUCUUCGCCUCUCUUAACAUUCUUUAUGAAGAACCAAACAAAAAACUUAAUUUAUAAUUGUGCUUCCCUUGGAAAUUGAUUUCCAUAGUAAUUCAAUUUUCCGUUGAUAAUGCUAUCUUCCGUGCCACCAAACAAAGCCUUAGCUGAUUCUUGUGCUAUUGUCUCUAUAAAGGUUAACGUGCGAUAUUUAUUAGAGAUUAGGAAUUGGGAUACCUAGUUGAUUACAAAGAAAAGUUAGUGUUGUAACCACCACAAAGGCAGAAACCUGAGGAUUAAUAAUAGUAAUUCUGAUGAGUUGAUAUCUAUCUCUCAAUAUACUAGGACUGGACCACUCGCUUUUCCAAAAGAAGAAGAUUUGAAGAUUAAAAGUUCUACCUCGCCUGAAAAUCUUUGCUGGGAGAGUUGUUUCUAAUGCUCUACCUACAAGAGAAGUGUUGGCUCGAAGAGUUCCUAGCUAUAUUGCAACAUGUGCGGUUUGUGGGAGGGAGGAGGAAGACGGUUUACACGCUUUACUCCACUGCCCUCUAACAGAAGGUGUGUGGAAGGUGUGUGGAGUCUGAGCUCAUUUAAUGUGAGAAGCAGUGUGCCCGGAGGUUUGGUGAGUGAUUGGUGGGAGUUUUGUUCCCAACAAAUGGAGGAGGAUGAGUGGGGAGCAUUUUGGACAACGGUGUGGGCAAUAUGGGGAGCUCGUUUCAAGUGGUUGAUGGAGGGGGAUCAACGUGAGCCUACUGAAACUUUAUCGUAUGCAUUGAAGAUAAAUAACGAAGUAUCGAGUGCUAGCCCAAUAGCUAACACGUCGGGUGUUGUGCUCUUGCCUUUUCCUACAGGGUGGUCGAAGCCCAAAGCCUCAUAUGUCAAAGUGAACACUGAUGCUGGGCAAAUAGGGUCAUUGGGGUGUGGUAUUGGAGUGGUAUGUAGAGAUGAGUUCGGUGAGGUGCUUGCUACAGGUACGUUUGAGCACCAAGUGGAGUCGGAGCCCAGAGUCGCGGAAGCAAAAGCCAUCUUCUAUGGCAUGAAGUUGGCGUUGGAGUUAGGCUAUAGUUGCGUUGAAGUUGAAAGUGAUAGUUUAAUGGCUAUCCAAGCUUUGAGAAGUGAUAAAGGGGGAUCUAGUGAAUUUAAUUUAAUUAUAGAUGAUGUGUUAGCUUUAGUUAGCUCCUUUAAUAAUGUUAUUCGAUCUUUUGUUAAACGUUUAAGGAAUAAGGUAACUCAUAUGUUGACUCACUUCCAACCUUGGGAGCUUGGCAAACAUAUUUGGGAUAAGGAUAUUUCGCUUGAUGAAAUUGCUAUUGUUUUGAAAGAUAUAAUAUGAUCCCCUUGAUGUGUUUACUUCAAA